CGCACUUGCGCAGACAGCCGAGGAGAAGCCGAGGGGGCGGGAUGAAGGAAGGGAGGCGGUCCGAGUGGUAGAAGGUGGAGCCGCGGCGGGUUCUCCCUGACGCGCGCUCUCUCCCCGACUCUCCCUCCGACCUCCCGACCUCCCGAGCCCCGUGGAACUCGGUGGGGCGCAAGCCCAGCGGCCCAGACCAGCCACAGUCUAGCCGGACGGACUUGGAGACCCUCCCAGCAGCUCGCUCCCCUUAGCAGCCCCGGUGCUAGCAGCGGCCCUCGGCGUCCGGGGAGCCUGGGGGGGCAGAGAGCGCCGCGUCGCUGACCCUGUAGGUUUUGUAUUGCUCAUCUAAGAAAGCUUCAAAAUGAGCAGUCGACGGAAACGUGCCCCUCCUGUCAGGAUGGAUGAAGACAAGCAACAACAACUCCGUUGGAAUAUGCAUGAAGACCGAAAACAUGAAGUGAUUAUCCUUGAUGAUGAUGAUGAUGAGCCUAUUCCAGGUCCAAGUUCCUCAUCUAUUCCUUUAAUUGUUUUAGAUGAUGAAGAAAGUCUAGAGGAGGAAGAAGAGCACAAGACCAAAAGAAGAUGUUCAAAGUCACUGAGCUCAUUAACAGAUGAAGAGGAAACUAACUGUAUUUUGCCAUCUUUAUUAAUAAAAUUAAAUGUUGUCAUUUCUCCUUAUCACCUAACUAAUUCUUGGAAAGCAUUUUUAGGUGAGCUCACUCUCCAGCUUCUUGGUGAAGAGGUUUUAACUGAAAGUUUUCAUGAGAGAAAGUUUACUUUAAUGACAGCAGAUUCAAGUGAUCAGUUGCAGAUCUCUGUUCAUCCAAUGUGUAAAGAGGUGGAAGACCAACAAAAAGGACUUGAAGAGCCAGUCAGUAUUUCAGAAAAGAGUAUUUUGGUGGAAUCAUCCUUGAGUAAUGAAAUGUUAGAAGAUCUCAGGUGGCUACAGAAGAAGAAAAUGGUAGAACUUUACCACAGACCAGAAGGGAUUCAAACCAUCAAGGUUGGAAUAUAUCUCUUGGAAGCUGGCUUAGCUAAGCCUGAUUUUCUCAGUGAUGGAAAUGGAAGAAUAAAAAAGGCCAAUCAGCUGAUCCAGAAACUAAUGGAAAAGUUUUAUAACUUUAUGAUUCCAGAUAUUUUGGAGGAGGAUGAAGAAGAAUCUGACAGUGAGCUGGAGAGACAGAACAUUGAAGAAUUAUAUGACUUUGUGAGACAUAUACACCAGCAAGAAGCUCAGCACUUACAAGAAGAUGUCCAGCAUCCAGCACUGAUUCCUGUACUGAGGCCAUACCAAAGUGAGGCUGUUAACUGGAUGCUGCUACGAGAAAAUUUCAAAAACUCUCCUGCUAAUGAAAAUACCUUACAUUUCUUAUGGAGAGAAGUCCUUACAACAGAAGGGAUGAAAUUCUAUUAUAAUCCAUUUACAGGCUGCAUCAUCCGGGAAUACCCAAAUGCUGGGCCACAGUGGCCUGGUGGCAUCUUAGCAGAUGAGAUGGGUUUGGGGAAGACAGUGGAGGUUUUGGCUCUGAUUCUUUCACAUACGCGACAAGAUAUCAAACAGGAUGUUCUAACACUGCCUGAGGGAAAACUGGUAAAUUACUUCAUACCUCCACAACCUGCUGAAGAAAGCAAAAAGGGGAAAUCUAAGAUGAUGGAGUUUCAAUCUAAGGAAAGAAUACAGUACCCCAGUUUGCGUGUGAUGCUAUUAGCAGCUGUGAAAGAAAUGAAUGCAAAGAAAGGAGCUUCCAUCAUUGCCAUCUUCAAAUAUGUCAGUACCAUAUAUAGGUAUGAUGUACAGAGGAAUCGGCGGCUUCUAAAGAAAAGUUUGGAAAAAUUAAUUACAGAACGAGUUGUAGAACAAGUCAAAGGUCAUGGUUUGGCUGGAUCUUUUAAACUGGGGAAGAAUUACAAGGAACAGCCAACAUGUUUUAGAACUAAACAGGCAACAAAGAGUCCUAGAAAGAGUCAAAAUAAACUUUCUGAAGGAAAACCUCAAUCAGAGAGCAAGGACCCAGUUUCUGAAAAUAAAGGGAAAAAAUCCCUAUCUUUGGAUAUCACUGAAAAUGGACAUGAUUAUUGUGAGGUCAGUAGAUAUCGGGGCAGACUGAGGAAAAAAUCUGACCAACACUCAAAUGAAAAACUUCAGCCUAAAGCUGAAGAAUUAAAUGCUACUGAUUUGCAAAGACACUGUCCAUCAUCCAGUGAUCGCCCAAAUACCCGUGCUGCUGCCUCUAAAAGUAAAUCAGAUUCAGAAGAAGAGAACAUGAAGGACAAAGUAUCUGAAUCUGAAGAAUUUUUUGGUUGUGAGAUUUCACAUGCCAAUUCUAUGAGUCCUUUCAAUACUUCUGACUAUCGUUUUGAGUGUAUUUGUGGUGAACUUGGCUUAAUGGAUUGUAAAGCCCGUGUUCAGUGUCUGAAAUGCCACCUGUGGCAACAUGCAGAAUGUGUGAACUACAAAGAGGAAAACUUGAAAAUUAAGCCUUUUUACUGCCCCCACUGCCUAGUUGCAAUGAAACCAGUUUCCACAGGAGCAACUUUGAUCAUCUCUCCAAGUUCUAUCUGUCACCAGUGGGUGGAUGAAAUCAACCGGCAUGUGAGGUCAUCUUCUCUACAGGUCUUGGUAUAUCAAGGGGUAAAGAAACAUGGCUUCUUACAGCCUCAUAUGUUGGCGGAGCAGGAUGUAGUUAUCACCACCUAUGAUGUUCUUCGGUCAGAAUUGAAUUAUGUAGAUAUCCCCCACAGCAACAGUGAGGAUGGGCGUCGCUUCCGGAAUCAGAAACGCUAUAUGGCCAUACCAAGUCCCUUGGUAGCAGUGGAAUGGUGGAGAAUUUGUCUGGAUGAAGCUCAGAUGGUUGAGUGUACUACAGCAAAGGCUGCUGAAAUGGCUCUGCGCUUGAGUGGAAUCAAUCGCUGGUGUGUCAGUGGCACUCCAGUACAGAGAGGAUUAGAAGAUCUCUAUGGGUUAGUGCUGUUCCUUGGUAUUGAUCCAUAUUGGGUCAAACACUGGUGGGAUCAACUCCUGUAUCGUCCUUACUGCAGGAAAAAUCCUCAACCCCUCUAUGAGCUUAUUGCCAAGAUAAUGUGGAGAUCUGCAAAGAAGGAUGUAAUUGACCAAAUCCAGAUUCCUCCACAGACAGAAGAUAUUCACUGGCUUCACUUUUCUCCAGUGGAAAGACAUUUCUAUCACCGUCAGCAUGAGGUGUGUUGUCAGGAUGCCUUGGCAAAGCUUAGAAAGAUAUCUGAUUGGGCUCUGAAACUCAGCAGCCUGGACAGGAGGACCGUCACGUCUAUUCUCUACCCUCUAUUGAGACUCAGACAGGCUUGCUGCCAUCCACAAGCUGUUCGAGGAGAAUUCUUGCCACUACAAAAAAGUACCAUGACCAUGGAGGAGUUGCUGACUUCACUGCAAAAGAAAUGCCGAACUGAAUGUGAAGAAGCACAUCGGCAACUGGUUUGUGCUCUUAAUGGCUUAGCUGGCAUCCAUAUCAUUAAAGAUGAAUAUGCCCAAGCAGUGGACCUAUACAGAGAAGUAUUACGUUCAUCUGAGGAACACAAAGAUAAACUCAAAACUGAUUCAUUACAAAGACUUCAUUCUACACACAAUUUGAUGGAAUUAUUAUUAGCUAAGCACCCAGGAAUACCUCCUACCUUGAGAGAUGGAAAACUUCAGGAAGAGGCUGAACAACUCAGACAGCAUUACAUGAGUAAAUCCAAUGCAGAAGUUGCAGAAGCCCAUCAAGCUUUACAGCCGGUUUUGCAGACCAUACGUGAACUUCAGAGGAAGAUACAUUCAGGCUCACCUUGGUGGCUAGAUGUGAUCCAAUCAGCAAUACAAUAUGCUAUUGAUGAGGAGCUUGUUCAGCGUGUGCAGAAUGAAAUAACCAGCAACUACAAGCAACAAACAAGUAAACUUUCCAUGGCAGAGAAGUUCCGGGACUGCAGAGGUCUUCAGUAUUUACUCACAACACAAAUGGAAGAGUUGAAGAAAUUCCAAAAACUAGUAAGAGAGGCUGUGAAGAACCUGGAGGGACCUCCAUCCCGUGAUGUCAUUGAGGCUGCCACAAUCUGCCACCUUCGACCUGUCAGACUGCCCCUCAACAACUGCGUCUUUUGUAAAGCUGAUGAAUUGUUCACAGAAUAUGAGUCGAAGCUAUUUUCUCACACGGUGAAAGGCCAAACUGCAAUUUUUGAAGAGAUGAUAGAAGAUGAAGAAGGCCUAGUAGAUGAUCGACUGCCUACCACAAGCCGAGGACUGUGGGCAACAAGUGAGACAGAACGCUCUUUAAAAGCAAUCCUGUCUUUUGCCAAAGCACACCGACUAGACCUCAGACUCAUUGAGGAAGGGAAUACUUCGAUGGAACUCUUUGAAGCAUGGAAAAAGGAAUACAAGUUGCUACAUGAAUAUUGGAUGGUUCUGAGGGAUCAUGUAUCUGCUAUUGAUGAACUUGCAAUGGCUACAGAACGUCUAAGAGUGCGGCAUCCUGAUGAACCAAAGCCCAAUCCUCCUGUUCUUCAUAUAAUUGAACCUCAUGAAGUGGAACAAAAUCGAGUGAAACUAUUGAACGACAAGGCAGUUGCCAAAUCCCAGCUUCAGAAGAAACUUGGCCAGCUUCUCUACCUUACUAAUUUAGAAAAGUCUCAAGAUAAAACCACAGGUGGAGUAAAUCCAGAACCUUGUCCAAUCUGUGCUCGGCAGCUGGGGAAACAGUGGGCAGUACUGACCUGUGGGCACUGUUUUUGUAAUGAAUGCGUUGCCAUUAUCAUCGAGCAGUAUAGUGUGGGCACCCGUAGAAGUUCUAUUAAGUGUGCCAUCUGCCGACAGACAACAUCACAUAAAGAAAUCUCCUAUGUCUUCACUGCAGAGACCGCAAAUCAGGAAGAGGAUAUUCCUGUGAAGGGUAGCCAUUCUACAAAAGUAGAAGCUGUGGUCCGAACUCUAAAGAGAAUCCAGUUUAAAAAUCCAGGCGCCAAAUCACUUGUCUUCUCAACGUGGCAAGAUGUACUAGACAUUAUUUCAAAAGCUCUGUAUGAUAACAACAUGGUAUUUGCACAAAUCAAUGGAAUUCACAGAUUUCAGGAGAACCUCUCAGCAUUUAAAUAUGAUCCCAAGAUCAAUAUUUUGCUGCUACCCCUGCACACAGGUUCCAAUGGUUUAAAUAUCAUUGAAGCAACUCAUGUUCUCCUAGUGGAACCUAUAUUAAAUCCUGCACAUGAGCUUCAGGCUAUUGGAAGAGUACACCGAAUUGGACAGACAAAGCCUACUAUUGUUCACAGAUUCCUAAUUAAAGCAACUAUUGAGGAAAGAAUGCAGGCAAUGUUGAAAACUGCCGAGAGGAGCCAUACUAGCUCAUCAUUGAAGCAGUCGGAAGCUUCAGUCUUGACGGUAGCUGAUCUUGCAGACCUAUUUUCUGAAGAAACUGAAGAACUUGAAUGAAUCAUACUUAACAUACAUUUGAACUCAGAAACCUUCAUGCAUUCAGUCUUUAAAAACAGAUUUUAAUACAGAUGAAGUCACAAAUUUUAUAUUCCAGUAGAUGUCACCCAACACUCUUCUUAUGAUAGAUAAAUGCUUCUUUUGGGGGAUUUGCACCAUAUUCUUGUGGUUGAUGAAUGCUUUGCAAUUCCAAAUGAACCAUAAGGUCCUCUACUAUUAUAUAUAAAAUUCAUUUUUGUCCCAAAGAAUAUUAAUGUAUAAUUUUGAAGGAGGGGAGUAACACUGUACUUUUCAUUCUGAUUAAUUAGGAUAAAGGGAGAAGUACGAAACUAGUGAGCAAACUAAUUUUUCUAGUUUUAAAUUGGCCUAGAGUUGGUUUUGGCAGGAAGAGAUUCUAGUAUCUUUAUUAUGCAACUCACCAAACUUCCUUAUAGUAAUAUUUUAAAUAAGUGGUAAAUUAUCCUAACUUUAGUAUUUAAGUGGAUUUAUAACAUAACCUUCAUAGAAAUUGCACAGUAAUUUAAUGUGUACAUAACUCUUUGCAAUAAAUUGCUCAUGUUGAGUUUUUCCAUGUGUAUGUGUGUAUAUAUGUAUGUGUGUGUGUGUGUGUGUGUGUGUGUGUGUGUGUGUGUGUAUCUUCCUCUUAAAAAUCAAAACCAUGAAAUACAAGUAUUUUACACAUUUUUACAACCUCUUCAAUAAGCCAUUGAUGACUUGUAAGAAUUUAACUUCUUUUAUUACAAAAUAAAAAAGAAAAUUUAGCUAAAUUUUAUUUCAUUUUAUACUUGGUUUUAUUAGCAUGAGCAGUUUUGUUAAGUCUCAGCAACAUUAAAAAUGUAUUUAUUGUUUACUCUGAAUAGUACAAAAAUUCUUUCUAAUUCAGAUUUUUCCUAAUGUUAAGUUUUUUUUAGUGUUUAUGUAGCUAUGUAAAUAUUACUAAUUAUAACUUUUUAUGUUAUGAAGUUGAUAUGAUUGUAACCUGAUAAUAUAAAAGGGUUUUGUUGUUGUUGUUUUUAAUUGUACUAAUGUAUUAUGUGUUGUUGGAGGAGAGGUUGUCCCUUCUGCAUGAUGUGACUGUGCUUUUUAAUCCACUGAAUGUAUUUUAAUCUAUUACAGUUUGCACUUUUCUCCAAAUGAGACUCUACCCCCUCCAAAAAAAAAAAAAAAAAUCAGACUGGUAUCUUUUGUUUUGGAACAAUAGAGUAUCAUGUUCAAGUAAGCAUAUAGUGAAAACAUGAUAUUUCUUCUGUGAAGAAUUACCUGGACAAGGGAGUUGAAUGUCUGCUUCCUAGUCAUUUGGCAUAAUCAAGUUUUCAUUGUUUUGUUCAAUUUCUCCAACUUGUUUGUAAUACACUGGCCUCAUAGUUUCUUACUCCCUUUUACAUUUUACUGCUAAGAAAACUAGUUAUAGAUGCUACUGAAAUGAGCAGCAUAUCUAAUUAGAGAAUUGGGUGUUCACUGUCAUUCUGGGUUAAUAAACCAUCCCAUUUAGCUCAACUGAAGAAAAUCCAUUUAAGCAGUCAUGGUGCCCGUUCUUCAGUUGAAGUAACAUAUACAUGGGCUCUCUUAGCAGGGAUCAGGCCAUGUCCAUCAAGAACAUGAAGUCCAAUGGAUGUGAUUUAAUUAUAAGCAUGUUUAGGGUUUUCAUUUUAUGAUCUUUUUAAUUUUCUCUCCACAGUAAAGUUUUUAGAGACAUUAUCUGGUAUGCUUGAAUUUUAGAAAGAACAAAAUUGCUUUUCCUUAUGUCUGUAAAAAUCAAAAGUGAAACAAAAGAUAUUUUGGUAGAGAUAGAAAUGAUGGAAAAUUUUUAAUAUUCUGUCUUACAGAAUUCACAUUCAGUCUUCUAAAGCUCUUCUAUAGCCCAACCAAAGGUACUAGGAUGGGUUCUCUCCUUCAGCAUAGUUUUUAGAAUAAAGUCUUAUCUAAGUGUAUCAAUUCUUUUGCAUAUUUUUGCUUAUCCUAGAAGAAAUCCCUCUUCUGAAGUUUCCAGACUACCUCUGUAAAUUGCUUUCCUUCAACCCACCCCUUUCUGGAGGUAUCCACUACCAUGUACUAUGGGAAUAAACUAGGGAAGGAAAAUUAGUCCACUUACUCAAUCUUUUACAGAAAUUAAAUUUGUUUCAGUGUCAGCAGUACUGUCAAACUUACUGGAAUGAAAAAACAAAUUUGAAGCAAAUGAAGAUUUUAGAUAUAUAAUAAGUAUAUUUUGCCCAACUCAGAAGUAGCUUCUUACUAUAGAACCAAUUUACUUUUUUAUGAUUUCCACAACUUUUAAAGUUCCAACUUUUCAUUUGAGUGAAGAAUGAAAAUCUGUGUAUUUAGUUGUAGAGCAUUUGUGCAAGCAUUUCUUUGCUUUCACAUUGUAUUAAUAGUGCCAGACCAAGAGUUAAUACCAGUGACUUAGAUUCAAAAUAUAUAUAAUCACAGAAGCUUAAAGUCCCAAUGUUUAUCAAAAUAUGUAAUGCCUUAUUUAGUAUUCCAAAGACUCAGUGCUGUCAAGCCAAGUGAUCUUCUUUUCUCUGUUUUCAUGGACAAGAGAACAUUUCACAACAGCUUGUUCAAUCACAUUUCUUUCACUUUCUCCCCAUGGGCUUCAGUAUGAUUAAGUCCCUUUUCUACAUUUAAUAAUCUACAAGCUAAAUUUUCAAAAACAAGGGACACCAGCUGUAUUGAAUAGCCAUAGGCUUACUUAAAUGCAAUAAAAGACAUAUUUCAAGCUUUCUAGAAAUAAAGAAAAGGCAUUUAGCCAAGUGAUAUAUGAUAGUAUCGGGCUACAUCAAAACUUGAGAUUUACUGACAUAAAAAAAUAGAAACUUCAUCAAAACAAUAUAAAGAAUCCAGGAUAUUUUACCAAGAGACAAAGGUUUUUAUUAAAGCUAUAGCUUCAAAAUAUUCUUAGCUAUUAAUAUUUAUAUUGUACCAUAGAUUCCCAAAGAGUCUCUUGAGUCCAUCUAUUUACCAGCAUACCAUAAUCAUUAGUGGGCUGUGUACAAUUCAUAGAAUUUAUUUAUGACCCGCUUAUGGGCACAGGGAUACCAACUUGAUUGGUAACUUAUAGGGAUAAUAACCCCCAAAUAAAGGUGUAGAAAACUUGAAUAUCCCAGAGUGGGUAUCUGUGAUCAUUGCAAAUUAAAAGACAGGUGGGUAGUUAUACAGAAAGUCAUAUAUUGGUUGGAUAGUAAGAUUAUAGGUUCCUGCCUUCUUGAUAGUGCCUCACAAAAGUUGGGACUAUUCUGUUAUUAGAGAACUUCAGAGGAAGAGGUCCAACAACUUCCCUUGGCAACCUAUCCUAUUGUUUAACAGCAGUCACUGUCAGGUAAUCCAGAUGUUUCACAUUGCGUUGUUAAAAAUAUUUGCUUACCCUUGUUCAGUGGAAAUGCUAAGAGUGGUCAUUUUCUGCAUAAUAGCCAUUCACAUUCAUAAACAUCAUUAUAAAGUUGUUCCUUUUCUUCCUCCGUGUACUUUUCCAUUCUUUCAAGUACCUUAUUCUCAGAUCUUUUAAUUACCUUUCUUUUCUGAAGCCUCUGUAAAUUCUUCACCUCAUUCUCAAACUAUGGAGCCUUAAAAAAGGGGGAAAUAUAGACCAAGGACAACUUCCAAAGAUACAGGAGUCUUUUCAGAUCUCUAAAGUCAUGUAAAAAUCCUCUAAAUGAAAACAGGGGAGUAACAGCAGCAACUUUGCUGCUUAUUUUGUAAUCUGUAAUGUCUUUCUUUCUACUUAUAACACAAAGAUCCAAAUCCAAUUUUUCUUAUAAAUCUAGUUUCUUUUCAAUGACAUCCAUCAAAAAAUCAAUGAUUGAUUGAAUUAAUUUGGUAGAUGUAGAGCUGGAAGUGACAAAGAUCAUCUCAUCCAACCCCCAUAUUUUACAGAUGAUGAAGAAAGGUCAAAUGUCUUGUCUAGGGUCCCAAAAGUAGUAAGUAGCAGAGCUGGAUAAUGAACUGGAGUCAAAAACCUAAUAUUUUGUUUAUUGUCUCCUUCCAAGACCUCUAAAUAUGCUUGGAUCCUCAUUUGGACUUCUUAAGUCCCUUCACUGUGCUUUUCACUGUUUUCUAUACUAAAAUCUUGCUUCUCCUACUCGGCUCAAAUCUUUCUUCUUUAUUUCAGCCUACCUACCUCCUACUUAACUCUUUCAGACCCUGCUUCAGAAAUUCCAUAAAGAUAAUUCGGUUACUUGUUUUAUAACUUUGAAUAUUUUUUCCCCUUAACUUGCAUAGAAGAGAUGUCUUCCUUAACAAAUGCAAAUGAGACUUUUUUAAAGGUGUGUUUCAGUGUCUGAUCUAGCUUUAAUCUAUCAAAAAUGUUUUUAACAUGAUUAAAUCUAUUGAACUAUUAAAACAACCAUGUUCAAUCAUUUGAGUAAAACUGCCUGGCCAAUAUUUUCUACUUCAAAACAAAAUAAAAACUUUGCAAAUAA